UUAGACAACACACUGGGCUGGGGCAGCAGGGGUAAGCUAAGCAUCCAGCAAACACAUAGUAGAUGCGCCACCAAUCGUCUGCCACUUCAACUGGAUCCCUUUCCGAAAGGUUAGUUUGAUCAUUCCUCAGCUCCUGCGUGCCCUGAGAACCUGAUCUGCCCGUGCAAUGAGAGGAGGGCGUAAGAGAAUACGCACAUUGAGAGAGGUCCUCCAUGGAGCUUGAUGGGACUUUAAUGAGUUGCCGCCAAGGGAUCUUCCUGCAACAAGUCGUCCUUAUAAAAUCCUUUUGCAUCUUUCACUUUGCUGAAACGUCAUGGGACACUGCAGAUAUCUUUGAAGGAAGGAAUCGGUAAAGAUUACAUUAUUUGGUCGAGGACUCAAACCCUUCAUCUGGUGUUCAGGACGCGAGUCAAGGAACAUACUGAAAAAAGCCACCCCAUUACUCGUUUGACUUGAAUCUCAGGGGUGGUGAGGGUCAAUACGGAAGCAAUGGAUGAAGCCACAGAGGGUGUUCGGGAGGCAACGGGGAGCGAGGCUCAGGUUGAGUUCAGGGCCACUUUGCAAGCUGCUGUGAGGGAGAUGCACGUGGACGUAAGCGUUUUCAAGCAGCGCAUAGACCAGAGGAUCGAGGAGCUGCGCAUUUCCAACGGACCCUUGGUCGAGGCUGUGACCAGGCUGCAGGAGGAGAACCUGCAGCUUAGGUCAAAGCUGGAGGCCCUCAGCCGCCUGGUGGAGGGUCUCGCCGGGGUAAAGAUCGACAGGAGUCCUGCCGAAGUGAAGGGGAAGAACGUGGAGGAUAGCAUAGAGAAUGGACAAGCGGAAGACCAGAGAGGCCUGGUUAACGCUGGAAGAUCAGAGAACAGCCAGUCAAGCCAGUCCACUUCCACAUACUCUGAAACAUCAGAGUCAAGUAGAGGGUCAAGCCAUGCCGCUCCCAGCAACACCCCAGCCCCUCCUCCAUGGAGAGCAAAGAGACAUGCUGAAAUGAACGGCACUGAUGCAAAAGGAGAGAAAAAUGUUGCCACAACUGCACAAGAGAAUGGAAACCCAGAAGGCUCCCACCAGCCUCUCACCGCCAUCACGAAACCAAGCACAGAGUCCUCUGCCGUGACAAACUCUCUUCGGCCUACCGUGGAAACCCCCAACAGGCCUGACCAGGAAGAAUCAGGUCUUCUGACCAAACCCCAUCAUCCCCUCACUGCAAUGAUAAGACCCAGCUCUGAAGCUCCAGCUGUCCCUCAGUCUCCUGCCUCAGCGCGCAAAGCAACGAAGGACCCUCCAGUAAAACCAGCAGAGUCUCCUGCUACAUGUGACGCUGAUGAACCCCAACCCCAUCUUCCCGUCACUGCCAUGACAACCAAACCCGGUCCAGAGGGUCUGGUCGCCACCAAACCUGCCCAAUCUCCAGCAUUGGUGCCUAAAGCAGCAGGUCAUUCAACAGCAGAAGCUCCAACAGGUACGUCUGGAACAAAGGUACCCAAGGAGCAGCCAGGCUCUGUGUGUCAGGGUUUGGUCCAUCAUCCUCUUACAGCUGUGUCCAAAAGCAGCCCUGAGACCUCUGCUGCAUCCAAUCCUGAUCAGGGUGCUGCUUCUGCACCGAAUCCUCCAAUCCCAGAAUCCCCGACAACAAAACGAGGCAUAUAUCCUUUUAGAAGUGACGCCACUGAACCCAAAGCAUACUUACCUCUUCCUGCCAUGAGCAAACCCAACACAGAGUCUUCAUCAUCUUCUAUAACAGCUCCGUCCCCAAGUCUUUCAGCAUCACAGGACUCUAAAGUAAAACCUGGGGAAUAUCCCUUUAAGAGAGUACCAGUUCUCAAGACACCCAGUCCCAGUCUGAAGAGAAGUGUGAGCUUUCCUCAGCCUGCAGAAAAAUUACUUCCCUCCAAAUCAAUCAUAAAAUCUGGUUUCUCGCCUAAUUUGGAUAAGAAAGCGAACAAGACAGGGGGGGUCGAGUUUAAACAGGAUCUGAUGAAAUCCCAAACGUUGCCACGCUCCAAUGGGGCUCAGGCCAAGCGGGCCCUCUUUGAGAGGAUGAACUCAGAGCCUACAAAACCAAAGGAUUCCAAACCUAAACUGAAGCGCUCUCAGAGUUUUGGAGUGUCCAGUGCCAGUGGUAUAAAACAGAUUCUCCUGGAGUGGUGCCGCUCAAAAACCAUUGGCUAUCAGAACAUUGAUAUCCAAAACUUCUCGUCCAGCUGGAGUGAUGGGAUGGCUUUCUGUGCUCUGGUUCACUCUUUCUUCCCUCUGGACUUUGAUUACAACACGCUGGACCCUGCAAACCGCAAACACAACCUCCAGCUGGCCUUCACCACCGCAGAGGAGCAGGCUGACUGUCUCCGUCUGAUCGAGGUGGAGGACAUGAUGGAGAUGGGGGACAAGCCAGACCCCAUGUGUGUGUUUACAUACGUCCAGUCCCUCUACAACCACCUGAAGAAGUUUGAAUAACUCUGUAUCAGAGUAGAAUACAAACUCUAGAUAUUAUUAACCACAGUAGUGUGUCAUGAACACUUUGAAUUUGCUGAAAACCGUCCUUUUGACAAGCAAACUGAUAGGAAACCACUGUUGUUGGAAUCAGACGUUAGUGUUUGACAAAUGUUUUUCUCUUUCAAAUUGGUUUUAUACUGUAUGUGUGCAUUCACCAGUUUCCCCCAUUUCCUUUACAAGUUAUAGCGGAUUGACACUGAAUCUUAAAAUGCAGUUUCUUAUGACACGUAUUGUGAUGUAUUGCGCUAAUGUCACUGUAUAUACAAGAAGAAGGUUGGUUUUUAUCGAAUUCUCAAAAAUCAAUAACAAUGCUGUAAUCAAAGAAGAGAAGAUUACCACUCACUUUAAAACAUAAUAAUAAUGUGUAAUAGCUGCUGUUGAUCAAUAAGUGUUUGGGAACCUGAGAAGAGCCAAAGAGUUAUGAACCAUACAGAGAUGCUCCAGUAACAAUGAAUUGGAGUCUUGUCUGAGUUCAGGCUUGCAAUGUGGUGAGCAGAGCAAAGACAAAUAAGGUCAAGAGGUGGAUUGUAGGUGUGAUUCUGUAAAUGGCUGAUGCCGGAGAUAGUAGUUGACAUGACACUAACACAAAUUGCAGGUAUUUCUACACUAUUAAACAAUUCAGUAAUUAUAAAGUGUAUGUUAUUCAGUUUAGGCACACAAAAAAAAACAUAUCCGUGCCAUACUAAGGUCAAAAGCCAACAAGCAGACCUUGAGUUGGGAUUUGUAUAUCAAAGUACAAUUUUCAUGGUCAAGAAUACAAUUUCAUGCUUGCCAUCUGUAGAGUUACUUCCCAGACAUGUAGCUAAAUACAUUGGAAACUUCUCUCUUUGUGUUAAAUAAUGCAAAAUAAGAGAUAUUAACAUGUUUAUACAAUGUGAGUCUAGGCUACUUUAGCCAGCCAUCAGCUUUUGAAUAUGAAGACAAACGGGAUGGUGUGGGAAACUAGAUCAUCCAUAACAAACCUAUAACCUGUCAGCUCUUAUAAGUACCCAGAGGUCCACAUUACUGACAUGCUUCUUGAAUGGAUAUAUGGAUUUUUACAUAGCUUUUUGGUCGCGAUGGGAAAUAAAAUAUUUUGAAAAAUG